CGAUCGCGCCGCCCGCCCGCGGGGCCGUGGUGCAUCCUGGGAGGCGGCCGGGCCGCGCGGCUCGGGGGGCCGGCGGCGGCAGGAAGCGGCGGGAAGCGGCGCAGGUUACAAUGACUGCACCAAAUAAAGCAUUGGAACUACAACUGCAAAUGAAGCAAAAUGCUGAAGAACUGCAGGAUUUUAUGAGAGAAUUAGAGAACUGGGAAAAAGAUAUUAAGCAGGUGGAUUCUGAACUACGAAAACAGAGUGGUGUCCCAGAAGAGAAUUUACCACCAAUUCGAAACGAGGCUUUUAAGAAAAAGAAAAAAAGCAAAACUAAAGUCUCGCCUAAGACAACCACUGAGGAAAACAAGAAAAACAAGAUUAAGUCCUAUGAUUAUGAAGCAUGGGGAAAACUAGAUGUGGAUAAAAUACUUGAAGAACUUGAUAAAGAAGAUAGUACUCAUGAUUCUGUAUCUCCAGAAUCAGACUCUGAAGAAGAUGGAAUUCGUAUAGAUGCAGAAAAGGCUCUUGCAGAGAAAGAAAAGGGUAAUAAGUACUUUAAACAAGGAAAUUUUGAUGAAGCAAUAAAAUGCUAUACCAGAGGGAUGCAUUCUGAUCCGUACAAUCCAGUAUUACCCACAAACAGAGCAUCUGCUUUUUACAGAAUGAAAAAGUUUUCUGUUGCAGAAUCUGACUGCAAUUUAGCACUUGCUCUAGAUAAAAAUUAUGUAAAGGCUUAUACCAGAAGAGGGGCUGCUCGCUUUGCUUUGAAAAAUCUUCAGGGAGCUAAAGAAGAUUAUGAAAAAGUUUUAGAGCUGGAUGCAAACAACUUUGAUGCAAAAAAUGAACUGAAGAAAAUUUAUCAGGCUUUGUCAUCAAAAGAAAGUUUAGAACAGAAAGAGACUGAAGAUGCAGUCAAACCUGAAUUAUCAGAUGAAGAGAAGAAGGACAUUGAAGAGCAGCAGCUCAAGCAGAAGGCUAUUACAGAAAAAGAUCUGGGUAACGCUUAUUUCAAGGAAGGGAAGUAUGAAGCUGCAAUAGAGUGUUAUACACGUGGUAUAGCAGCAGAUGGCACCAAUGCACUUCUGCCAGCUAACAGAGCUAUGGCCUAUCUAAAGAUUCAGAAAUAUGAAGAGGCUGAAGAUGACUGUACACAAGCUCUGCUGUUAGAUGCCUCCUAUUCUAAAGCUUUUGCUAGAAGAGGAGCUGCCAGAGUUGCGCUUGGAAAGCUAAAAGAAGCUAUGCAAGAUUUUGAAGCUGUUCUGCAGCUGGAACCUGGCAAUAAACAAGCAAUAAAUGAACUCGCUAAAAUAAGGAAUGAAUUAUCUGAGAAAGAGCAAUGGACUCAUCAAGAAUAUCCUGAAAUACUGAUAAAAGAAGCAGAAAUACAAAAUAUAGUGAAAGUCAUUGAUAAACCAUUACAUUUGAAGUCAACAAAGCCUUUGAGAAGAAUAGCCAUUGAAGAAAUUGAUGAUGACAUACAAAAUAGUGAUUUUCCCAGCACGUCUUAUUUAGUCAAUAAUUGGAGGGAUUCUACAAGUAUUGAAACAACUGCAAAUGUAAGUGAAGAUGAUCAGUUAGCUGCAAUGGAUAUUCCAAAAGCAAAACAAUUGAAAAUAGAAGAAAUCAGCGAUAUGCCAACAUUACAGGUUCGCACUGGUGUGAAAGGAACUUCAUCGAUUAUACAUCCAUCUUUCACUGUGAAAAAUAAUGUAGAAAAGGAAGUCAAAACGUCAACUCGAUCUGCUUCUCCAAUCCCUGUUAUUCCUGCAAAUUCCUUCCAGCUUGAGUCUGAUCUCAGAAAGUUGAAAGAAUGUCCAGAAAAAAUGUACAUGUACCUGAAGCAAAUAGAACCUUCAUUUUAUCCAAAACUGUUCCAGAAGUCCUUAGAUCCAGAUUUGUUUAACCAGAUACUGAAAAUUCUACAUGAUUUCUACAUUGAGAAAGAGGAGCCAGUGCUUAUCCUUGAAAUCCUCCAGAGGCUAUCUGAGUCGAAAAGAUUUGAUAUGGCAGUAAUGUUUAUGUCAGACUCAGAGAGGAAAAUUGCACAAGUAUUGUUCAGUUAUGUGAACCAUAUGGGGUUGAAAGAUCCUUCUGUUGAAGAAUUGGAGAAGAAAUAUGGUGUUUUCUCUUAGUGAGAUUACUGACAUUACAUUUGUAAAUUGCUCUAUUUCCGCACUUCCUUCUUGUGGAAAUCAGCCGAAGAAAUCUAUACAGACUGGAAUUUUUGUUGCUUUUGUAUAAGUAAUGAAACUUGUACAUUUGAUUUAGCCACAUGGCAAGUGCCUGGAGAGAUAAUAACCUAAUCGUGCGGGUAUGUUUGCUUUCCAACUCCUGCAGCAAUGUAGUCUACAUUGUCUUCAGCAGACUCUGAAAACCUGCUGGAGUUUAUUGGCAUUCAGGAUUGGGACUGUAGAUAGAGAUCUUUAUUAAAAAGGAAAAAAAAAUAUUUAUAAAUGUCUUCAGUAAGAAUCAAAUGAUUUUCUUGGUGUCCAUUACAAAUCUGCUUUUUUAUUUUAGAGAAUAAACUAAAUGUUGAAUUCGAAAUGCCGGAAUUGUCAGGAAGCUUCUUAUUAAGGUGCUAAAUCACUUUUCUCUGAAGAUAUGCCACACCAGAACAUACAACAUGCUAAGUAAACCUGUGGUAUUGUAGGCCAAAAAAGUACAGAACUGCUCAGUUAAGUUACUCUACUGUUCGUCCAAAAGCUGAAUUUUGGAGUUGACAGCUAAGAUGUUCUGUGAACCUAAGCUGUAAUUCUGGAGUAGAAGGAAUCCUAUGAGAUUAAAAGAUGGAGGGAAAUGAGAGUAUUUGGUGUUCUCUGGGCGGUAUUUUUAAAAUGGUCUGAUCGAAUUUAUCCUUUGGGUCAGUGGCUCCUAAAUAGGUAAAGCUUUUAAGACUGAAAGCUAAGCAGAGCACCUUUCCAGAGUAAAGAAGACAACAAAGGUAUGAAAUAACCUGAAAUUCACAGAUGAAGAAAGAUACUUAGGCAAAGGCAUAAUGAACUCUUCUAACUGUUGACAUGAUUGGAAGAAAGAAAGAAUAACACUUACCAGCCUUAGUUUAAAAAGUAGUAUCCUAGUAUGGCUUCCAAAAACUUGCUGGCAUAUAUGUCUCUAGACUUGACAGUCUUUUUAUAGUGUUGAUAUUUACUCUUGUCAGAUUGCUUUCACCCUAAUUAAGACUCUGUGCUUUCCUAGUGCUUCUCUUACUGCUGAAGCUUUCUGACAUUGAGUAAUGCAUUUGUUUUGGUAGUUGCGCUCUCCUUUGGCGGACUAGUGUAAGCUAUUCAAAAGAAUUCAAACUUCCAAGGUAGAUUAAUGGGAAUAGGAGUGAAUGUUAUCUUCUGUGUAGUUGGUUUUUUAAAUCUAACUUCAAAAUUUCCCAUAUGUGUAGUGUUCUAGUUUAGAUACAAUCCAAAGCAAAAAAAUGUAACUGAGCCACGUCCUCAAUGGGUCUGAGUUUUAACUGACAUGAGUGAAGGGCUAGGUCACUAAGGUAGCUUUGAAUUAGGCCUGGGCAUGAGGGGUAGGGCAAUAACCAGUGUUAUUAGGGAAAUGGAAGAGGCUUUGUAGAACACUGCUUGCUGCUUACCUGCCCUGUGAACUGUUAUUACUAGAUGUGUCUCAUGUUACUUAGUGACAAGCUAUUCCCCCCCCAUUGUAAAGCAUUCUUGAUAGUGUAUAAACAGUGUUGCUGCAACUAAUAGAUAUGAAUAAAAAGUAGUUAUCAAAGUAAUUUUAUGUACCUGUAUAGAUACAGAUAUCUUCUAGCAGGCUGUUACAUUUGUCAUAUGUUUAGUAGCCCUUAAACACAGAUGUACUUGUCUAGGAUUAUGC